AUGGGACAGCUUGAUAGACAACUCGAUCAAUUGCGUCGUGGUGAAAUCAUCUCUGAGCAGGAAGUUAAAGAAUUGUGCAACAAAGCAAGGGAGAUCUUGAUUGAAGAAAGCAAUGUCCAGCGGGUAGAUGCCCCAGUGACGAUUUGUGGCGACAUUCACGGUCAAUUUCAUGACCUCAAGGAGCUUUUCAAAGUAGGAGGCGAAUGCCCAGAAACCAACUAUCUGUUUAUGGGUGAUUUUGUCGAUCGUGGCUUGUAUUCCGUCGAAACUUUUCUUUUACUCCUUGCCCUCAAGGUGCGCUACCCUGACCGAAUAACAUUAAUCCGUGGAAACCAUGAAAGUCGACAGAUCACACAAGUCUAUGGCUUUUAUGAAGAAUGUUUGCGUAAAUUUGGAUCUGCUAAUGUGUGGCGUUACUGCUGCGAGAUUUUUGACUAUCUCAGUUUGAGUGCUAUUAUUGAUGACAAGAUCUUUUGCGUUCAUGGAGGUCUUUCACCAAGUAUCACAACCCUUGAUCAGAUUCGGACCAUCGAUAGAAAACAAGAGGUCCCACACGAUGGUGCCAUGUGUGACUUAUUAUGGUCUGAUCCAGAAGAAAUCGAAGGAUGGGGGUAUAGUCCGCGCGGCGCAGGCUAUUUGUUUGGAGGAGACGUUGUCAAUGGUUUCUUACAAACAAACAAUCUUGAGCUUAUUGCUCGUGCUCAUCAAUUGGUGAUGGAAGGCUACAAGCUUAUGUUCAAAGAUACCAUUGUUACAGUUUGGUCAGCACCCAACUACUGUUAUCGUUGUGGAAACGUUGCAGCGAUAUUGAAGUUAGACGAUAAUCUUAACAAGGAGUACAAGAUGUUUGAUGCAGCACCUCAACAAGAUUUCAGAGGUCUACCAAUCAAGAAGUCAGUUCCUGAUUACUUCCUCUAA